AUGGCUCCUCAAAAGGUCCUCCUCCUCGGUGCAGGCUUCGUCACUCGUCCAACUGCCGUAGAGCUGGACAAGGCGGGUGUUGAGGUUACUGUCGCUUGCCGCACAUUGGAGAGCUCCAAGAAGCUCGCCCAGGGCCUCAAGCACGCCAAUGCCAUCACCGUCGAUGUCUCCAACGCAGAGGCAUUGGAGAAGGAGAUUAGCAAGGUGGAUUUGGUCAUCUCCUUGAUCCCCUACACCUUCCACGCACAGGUCAUCAAGGCUGCCAUCAACCAGAAGAAGAAUGUAGUCACCACAUCCUACGUCUCCGAGGCCAUGAUGGCCCUCGACAAGGAGGCCAAGGAGGCCGGCAUCACCGUCUYCAACGAGAUUGGUCUUGAUCCAGGUCUUGACCACCUCUACGCCGUCAAGACCAUUGACGAAGUCCACAAAGCCGGCGGCAAGAUCACCGGCUUCUUGUCGUACUGCGGUGGUCUCCCAGCACCAGAGAGCUCCGACAACCCACUCGGAUACAAGUUCUCGUGGUCUCCCCGUGGUGUGCUUUUGGCCGCCCGCAACACCGCUACCUUCUUCAAGGACGGCAAGAAAGAUUCCGUCUCCGGCGCCGACCUCAUGAGCACCGCCAAGCCAUACUUCAUCUACCCAGGCUACGCAUUCGAGGCCUACCCCAACCGCGACAGCACCCCAUUCCGCGAGCGAUACGACAUCCCAGAGGCUCAGACUCUCAUCCGUGGAACUCUUCGCUACCAGGGCAACCCAGCUUUCGUUCAGGCUUUCCAGGAGCUCGGCAUGCUCAGUGAUCAGGAGCAUGACUUCCUCAAGCAGCCAAUCUCAUGGAAGGAGGCUUUCGGCAAGAUUGUCGGUGCUACCAGCCACACCGAGCAGGACCUGACUUGGGCCGUCAGCUCCAAGGCCAAGUUCCGCAGCACAGAGGACAAGGACCGCAUCCUUGCCGGUCUCCGCUGGUUCGGUCUGUUCAGCGACGACAAGAUCGAGCCACGCGGUACCCCUCUCGACUGCCUCUGUGCGACACUGGAGAAGAAGAUGCAGUACACCGAGGGUGAGCGUGACUUUGUCAUGCUCCAGCACAAGUUUGAGAUUGAGUGGGCCGAUGGCAAGAAGGAGACUCGCACCUCAACUCUCUGCGAUUAUGGUGAGAAGGAGGGCAGCGGUGGUUACAGCGCCAUGGCCCGACUUGUCGGUGUUCCUUGCGCCGUCGCUGUGCUUCUGAUUCUCAACGGCGAGAUCAAGGACAAGGGUAUCCUCGCGCCAGUCACACCUGCGCUGGCCGAGCCUAUCCGUCUGAAGCUUCUGGACUACGGUAUUGAGCUCACAGAGAAGACCCUGGCUUAG